CAGGGCGUGGACUGGCGCAGGCCUCCCAGCGCCCCGGCUGGCACCCGGCCUGGGGAGGAAAGGCUGGGAAGCCUGCUUGGUGGCAGGGCCCAAACCGGCCUGACUGAGGUGGCAGAGCGGAGGGCUCACCUGUCUGGGGACCCAAGGCCAAGGCUGAGAGCUUCCAGAACAGCAGCCGGAGCAGCGAUGGCCCCGCCCUGGGUGCCCGCCGUGGGCUUCACACUGGCGCCCAGCCUGGGGGGCUUCCUGAGCUCCUACCACGUCCGCGGAGAGGGCCUCCGCUGGUAUGCCAGCCUGCAGAAGCCCUCGUGGCACCCGCCCCGCUGGACGCUGGGCCCCAUCUGGGGCACGCUCUACUCGGCCAUGGGGUACGGCUCCUACCUGGUCUGGAGAGAGCUGGGGGGCUUCUCGGAGGAAGCUGUGGUGCCCCUGGGCCUCUACGCGGGGCAGCUGACCCUGAACUGGGCAUGGCCUCCCAUCUUCUUUGGCUCCCGACAGAUGGGUGUGGCCCUGGUGGACCUGCUGCUGACGGGGGGGUUGGCGGCAGCCACCACCGUGGCCUGGCACCGGGUGAGCCCUCCGGCCGCUCGGCUGCUCUACCCGUACCUGGCCUGGCUGGCCUUCGCGACGGUGCUCAACUACUGCGUCUGGCGGGACAACCAAGGCCGGCGCGGCGGCCGGAGGCUGGUGGAAUGAGGUGCCGUCCCCGAGGACUGUGGCUGCUGCCCGUGGGGGGUGGUGGCCUCUCACCUUCGUGGCCACCACACCUGCGAGUCUGUCAGGGGCUCAGCCCAGGGUCACCACUGGCUUCGGAGCGGCUCCAGGCUGAGCCCACACCCAGGGUCCCGUCCUGCACUUUCUGCACUGCUCGGGCCACCGGCUGGGGCACGGGCGCGGGGCACGGAGUGUCACAGCCAAAUAAAGUCUCUAACCCGCA